UGACUCCAAUUGGACGCCGCCUGCUUGAGUGGUGGGGCUCAGCCCCCAGUCACCAGCCCCAGUAAGCGGGUUCAGCGCGCAGGGAGCCUGUUUCACGCGGCGCAGCAGCCUGGUAGCAGCAGUUUUUGCCUUGGGAAGCCAAAGUGGCCGGCGUGUAUUGUGCGUUCAUCCAUCAUGCUGCACAUGCUGCUGCUGCUGUUGCUGCACCUUGGAAGGCAGCUCAGCCCAUGCUGGGGCUGUCAGCUGCCCUCAGACUGGAGACCCUUGAGUGAAAGUUGCAGGGCUGAGCUGGCAGAGAUCAUAGUGUACGCCAAGGUGCUGGCCCUCCACCAGGAGAUGUACAGCCUGUAUAAUUACCUGCCCUGGCAAUAUGAAGCCAGCGAGGGGGGGCUCUUUUACUCGGCUGAGAUAGAGAUGCUGUGUGACCAGGCUUGGGGAAGCAUGCUGGAAGUCCCUGCAGGCUCCAGGCUUAACCUCACUGGACUGGGCUACUUCUCCUGUCACUCCCACACAGUCAUGCAGGAUUACUCUUACUUCUUCUUUCUCAGAAUGGAUGAGAAUUAUAACCUCCUUCCUCACGGAGUAAAUUUCCAGGAUGCAAUAUUUCCAGACACACAGGAGAACAGAAGGAUGUUUUCCAGUCUCUUCCAGUUUUCCAAUUGCUCUCAGGCGCAACAUGUCAUAACUUUCUCCAGUGACUGGGAGAUUCAAGAGGACAACAGGCUCAUGUGUUCUUCGGUCCAGAAAGCCCUAUUUGAGGAAGAGGAUCAAGUGAAGAAACUGCAGCAGAAGGUGGCAACCUUGGAGAAACGCAACAAGCAGCUGCGAGACCGGGUGAAGAAAGUCAAGAGGUCCCUCCGGCAAGCCAGAAAGAACAACAGGCACAUGGAGCAGAUAAACCGAAAGCUCAGUGAGAAGCUCUCCUCUGCAGGAGGCCAAAUCCCACAUAUUAACUCUUUAAAGCAAGAGAACUCUCAUGCUACCUACCUUAAAGUAUAAUGCAAGGUUUAGGGCACAAGCCAAUGAUAUUGGUGACUUAGGGCCUGAUCUCAUGCUCCUUACACAGCCAAAUACUCCAGUGGGAGUUUUGCCUGCAUUAGAGUGCAGGAUCUGGUCCUCACACCUUGCCUACACUGGCAUUUGAACCAUGUCUGAAAAAAAAAUUGGAACUCUGUUUAGAUACAGUUCUAGAUAAGCAGGAUCCAUGCUAGAUUUGGCUGGACACUGUAGACUGGACCAAGCUGUCUGAAGAGUCCUUCCAAAAGUCUGUUUGAGCCUUACGGGGAUAGCAGCAUCAAUACUCUUUGGCUCCAUUUUCACUGCCCAGCCUGGCAGUAUUUGAAACCAGGUUACCUGGACCUGCGUCUAGGAUCGGAUCCAGCUCUCACAGUCAAUGGGCAUCUUUGCACUGACUUCCAAUGGGAGCUGAAUCAGGACCAUAAAAAAGAUUUCAGAUCCAGUUUUCAAGCAGGCUUCAAUUUUCAGGGUAGACAAGGUCUCCUGUCUUGUAAUCACUGUUUUAAGACAUGAUGGAGGUUGCUGGGCAACCUCAUUUAUCUAGGUUUAGAUACCGCAGAGAUCACAUCAAUAUCAACAGGGCAUUAAAAUUAAGGUAGUUUAUAUGUGUAUAUAUUUUAAAAUCCUAUAGAAAAUAUUUUUAUUACACAUUUGAUAUAGUCUAAUUUCUUAAAGUAUGAAACAAAUCCUUUUUCAUGGAGGCAAUCGUCCCUUAAAAUAUAUUUCCCAACAUUCCUCCUUAGGCACUGCCAAAAGAGAUUAGAAACGGAAUUAUUAAAAUGGCUUAAGUUAAGGCAGCAAUCUCAUUGGUUGACAAGGAUGCCGACCUUGUGUAUAAAGAUCAGUUCAUGGCUUGGAAUUGGUUAGCCAAAUCACCACUCUUCAUAUCAAUACGCCAUGGAAGAGUAAUGAAAAAAAAAUAAAGGUGUGUUUCCCCUUUUUGUUUUUGUUUUUUAAUAUUUAUUUUAUAAUCAAUUUACGUGACCUGAAUACAAAUACACUUAAUAUUUGCAACUUUAGGACAGAGGCAGACAGACUUUGCCCAACCAAGGGCAACACUGACAAUUUGCCAGGGCUACACCUGACUUGCAUAAAAAUGACCAGAUAGCAGCUUAUCUUUAUUCCAGAAAUGUGGGCCAUGGAGGUAUAGGUCCCUGCAUGCAAUGCUUGAUCUGGACCUCCAAACCUUACUAGACUAUCCAGAUCAUGGUGGAACAUUGCAUGCUGGGACAUGUAGUCUCCACAGGCUGCACCUCUGUAUUGAAGAGAAGAGCAACCACAGGCUGCAUUGGGCACCAUGCACCAUCCCUGCAUUAGGACCUAGAGGGAGACUAUACCAGCUUUUAUACAACCAUUUGUAUCAAACCAAGCUGACUUUGAUACUUAACUGUUGCUUUGGCUUCUAGGAAGCAGUUGAAGCUUAAUUAUCUUCUAAUUCUGCUCUGCUUGGAAACAGAAGCAUAUAUUUUUCUCCUGAAAUAAUACUGGCAUUUCUUAAAAAGUCUGACUCUUCUAUAAACUGCAGCAGCUUUAAAUUGUCUGCCUGUCAAGUCCGCAUAAUUCAGGUUGAAACAGUACAAUUUCUGGAGAACUACUGAAGGUUUUCUUAGCAUCCUAAAAAUCAUCAAUGGAUUUUUACUUAGUCAAAAAUAAAAUCCGGAAGAAAGUAUCUAGGUUUUGUGUUGUUUCUAUUUUUAAACUGUUUGAAUAAAAUUAACUGUUUCUUGGCAUUGGUACUAAAAUUCUGUGUUUAAUAUUUUUAAAAUAAAAAUGUUCCGUGUUAAUCACAUAUGUUAGUAAGGCCAAUAAGAUGUUACUAAUACAACUAGAUAGUCAUUUUUAAAUGAAAAUGUGAUUUUCAAUCAAAACAAAAUUUUGCAGAAUAUAUUUGUUUUGGUCAAAACUUUUUGUUUGUCAACAAAAAUACUGAAAUUUCUCGUUCUAUUUUGUUGGGAAAAAUCCCAUUCUUUCAUUUUAAAACUUUUUUCCUCUUUUUUUCUAGUGGGGAAAAAGUACAAAAAAGCAGGAGUGUUUAUUUCCCUCUAGGAAUUUCAAACAUUCAUUGUAUGUUUGAUCAGUUGGUUGAAUUUUUCGUUAAAAAAGAAUUGCGCAAAUUGAAA